CGGAUACCGGGUGAACACGUGAAAACAGAGUAGUAUGUUUCGCUGUGGCGUUUAGAGGAGGUGUUGAAUGGUGAGUGAAUCGCACUGAAAUACACCGUGGACUGUCAUCACGUUAGUUGUGGAAACGAUCUCGGACCCUCGAAAGGUCAGAGGUCAUGGAGAAGAAGGAGCAGAAGAAGCACCAGCAGAAGCAGAGUGGUCCGAAGGCGGAGAGGAAGAAGAGCAGGAAGCAGGGGGUGGAGCCAGAGAAGGAUGAGAGGAAGCGGAACCCCAAAGCGUUUGCGGUUCAGUCCGCCGUGCGGAUGGCCAGAACCUUCCACAGGGCCCAGGACCUGAAGACGAAGAAGCACCACAUUCCCCUGGUGGACCGUACACCCCUGGAGCCCCCACCGGUGGUGGUGGUGGUGGUAGGACCCCCGAAAGUGGGAAAGAGCACCCUCAUCCGCUGCCUGAUCAAAAACUUCACCCGUCAGAAGCUGAGUGACAUCUGUGGGCCGAUCACCAUCGUCUCAGGAAAGAAGCGCAGAUUGACCUUCGUCGAAUGUGGUAGCGACAUCAACACCAUGAUUGACCUGGCCAAGGUGGCCGACCUGGUGCUGAUGCUGAUAGACGCCAGCUUCGGGUUCGAGAUGGAGACCUUCGAGUUCCUCAACAUCUGCCAGGUGCACGGCUUCCCUCGCAUCAUGGGCGUUCUGACACACCUGGACUCCUUCAAGAACAACAAGACCUUGCGGAAGACCAAGAAACGGCUCAAACACCGCUUCUGGACCGAGGUCUACCAGGGCGCUAAGCUCUUCUACCUGUCGGGCAUGGUGCAUGGGGAGUACCAGACCCAGGAGGUGCGGAACCUCGGCCGCUUCAUCUCUGUCAUGAAGUUCCGGCCGCUGGUGUGGCAGACUUCCCACCCUUACGUGCUGGCCGACCGCAUGGAGGACCUGACUGAUCCAGAGGCCGUGAGGGUGGACCCCAAGUGUGACCGCACCGUCUGUCUCUAUGGCUACCUGCGAGGGACAUACCUGAAGAACAAGUCCCAGGUCCACAUCCCAGGUGUGGGGGACUUUGCGGUGGAGGACGUCAGCUUCCUGCCAGACCCCUGCCCGCUGCCCGAGGAGCUGAAAAAGCGCGCACUGAAUGAGAAGGAGCGUCUGCUCUACGCCCCCAUGGCGGGCGUCGGCGGGGUCGUGUACGACAAGGACGCGGUCUACAUCGACCUGGGGGGCAGCCAUGCCGAGCACGAGCAGGAAGAGGUGCGGCCCACCACAGAGCUGGUCCAGUCCCUGAUAGGCACACACGCCACCCUGGAUGCCAAGAUGGCCGCCAGCAAAGUGUCUCUGUUCACGGGCGCUGCUGCUCUGACGCCGGAGGAGGUGGAGGGGGUGGGAGAGGAGUCCGCCCCUGUCACAGAGAGUCUGGUCUGGGACCCCGUCACCCAGAGAGAAAGGAGGAAGGCCAUCUUCACAAAGGACGAGGAGGACGAGGAGGAGAGCGAGGGAGAGAGUGAGGGAGAGGGUGAGGAAGAGGGAGAGAGCGAGGAGGAGGGGGAUGAGGAAGGAGAGAGUGAGGAAGAGGAUGAGGAAGAAGAAGGAGAGGGAAAGGAAAGGGAAGUGAGGCAGGUAGAGAUGAGGCAGAGAGAGGCCCCGCCUGUAAAGAGGCAGAGGGUGGAGGAGAGGGUGGAGUCCGUGGCCAAAGUGGAGGUGCCUGCGUUUGCCGACAGCGAGGACGACCUGGAGCUGAGUGAGGAAGAGGAGGAAGAGGAGGAGGCAGAGGGAGGGGGACGUGGAGCAGCGGACUCCGGUCACUGCUCUGAGGAAGAUGAGGAAGAGGAAGAUGAUGAAGAGGACGAGGAAGAGGAGGAUGAUGAAGAUGAAGAAGAGGACUCUGAGGAGUCUGAGUCAGAGAUGGAGGAAAAGGUCACGUCUCCUAAAGCGGCUCAGAAUGAGGUCAAGAGCUCAAAGGUCACUCCCCAGCCAAAGGAAGAAUAUGAUGAAGAUGAUGGUGCUGGUGAGGAUUCGGAGGAUAUGGAUGAAGGGGACGAGUCCUGCUUUGGAUCUGCAGGCGCUUUGCAGUGGAAAGAGGGACUGGCGCGGAAGGCCGCCGAGGCAUUUCUACGUCAACAGAGCGCAGCCCCUAACCUGCGGAAGCUGGUGUAUGGCACAGUGGCAGAUGAGGAGGAGGAAGGUGAGGAUGAGGAGGAGCUGGGGGGGCUGUUCAGAGUCAGCCGGCCAGAGAAGAGUAAGAGACAGCAAGCCAACGCCCUGGACUGCUCUCGCUACGCCCCCGACAGCACACAUGACUGGGACCAGGAGGAGAUGCUGGACUCUAUCAGGAACUGCUUUGUCACUGGAAAAUGGGAGGGAGACACUGAUGCUGCUACACUGCUGAAGGAGGAUGAGGAGCUGUAUGGAGACUUUGAAGAUUUGGAGACGGGAGAGGUGCACCAGGGGCAUACUGGGAAGCAGGAGGACGAUGGCGAGGAGCAGGAGGGGAGUGGAGAGGAGGAAGAGGAUGAGGAAGAGGAGGGGGAGAAGCUGAUGAAGACUGACGAUGAUGAAGAGCAGAAGAAGAAGCGUCUGGAGAAGAAGCGGCGUCUGAAGGAGCGUUUCGACUCGGAGUACGAUGACGGAGACGCCACCUACUUCGAUGACCUGAAGGAGGAGAUGCAGAAGCAGGCAGAGCUGAACCGGGCGGAGUUCGAGGACGUGGACGACGAGACUCGGGUUCAGUACGAGGGGUUCCGGCCGGGCAUGUACGUGCGGCUGGAGAUACCCGCCCUACCCUGCGAGUUCGUCACACACUUCGACCCCCACUAUCCCAUCAUCCUCGGAGGCCUGGGGUCCAGCGAGGGGAACGUGGGCUACCUGCAGAUGAGGGUGAAGAAGCACCGCUGGCACCCACGCAUCCUGAAGACGCGUGACCCGCUCAUCCUGUCCCUGGGGUGGCGGCGUUUCCAGACCAUCCCGCUGUACCACAUUGAGGACCACAACGGCCGGCACCGGCUGCUCAAAUACACCCCCCAGCACCUGCACUGUGGCGCCACCAUCUGGGGACCCAUCACCCCCCAGGGCACAGGCUUUCUGGCUGUCCAGGCUGUGGCAGGUACCCAGUCGAACUUCCGCAUUGCUGCCACAGGGGUGGUUCUGGACCUGGACAAAUCAGUGACCAUUGUGAAGAAGCUGAAGCUGAUUGGAUACCCGUAUAAGAUCUACAAAAACACGGCAUUCAUCAAGGGGAUGUUUAACUCCGUGCUGGAGGUGGCAAAGUUUGAAGGGGCAUCUGUGCGCACAGUCAGCGGGGUCAGAGGUCAGAUCAAGAAAGCCCUGCGUGCCCCACCUGGAGCAUACAGAGCCACGUUUGAGGACAGGCUGCUGAUGAGCGAUAUCGUGUUCCUUCGGUCCUGGUACCCGGUGUCGGUGCCACAGUUCUAUAACCCGGUGACAUCACUGCUACAGCCUGUGGGGCAGAAGGACAGCUGGAUGGGCAUGAGGACACUGGGACAGCUUAAACAAGACCUGGGUGUGCGCAACCAGCCCAACAAAGACUCUCUGUACAAGCCGGUGGUGAGAGCAAAGCGCCACUUCAACCCGCUGCACAUCCCGAGGCAGCUGCAGAAGGCCCUGCCCUUCAAGAGCAAACCCAAACAGGACCAGCCCAAGGGCCGCACCCCUCGGGACCUGCAGCGCCCGGCCGUCAUCCGAGAGCCGCACGAAAGGAAGGUGGCAGCGUUGCUGACGGCGCUCAGCACGGUCCAUCACCACAAGCGCAAGAAGGCGCGGUCGCAGCAGCACGCCCAGCACAAGGUCUUCCUGCAGCAGAAGGAGCACGAGGAGGAGCAGCGCAGCAGGAGGCAGAAGGAGGCGCGCAAGAAGAUGUACCGCAUGCUGGGCCAGAAGGAGAAGAAGAGGCAGAGGUCCAGCCUGAAGGGGGCGCCACAGGAUGACUGAGCCCACCUCUGGCCUGCCCUCUGGUGGUCAUCACUGAGCAUAACGGUCUGCUGAAAAUCUGCUGAACUGAAGCAAGAGGAGAGUCAGGAAGAUUUUCUGCUAACCUCAGCAUGAGAAUCAAGGGCUGUGUGUGCAGGAGUGUGUGCUUGU